GCCUUUGAAACUGUUCUACCAUUUCAUUGUUUACUUUUAUCUUAUAUGGCUGCAGCUGUGGUGUCAACGAAUGGAGUGGCGACGCCUAGCGACUGGCAGGAUCGAUAUCAUCACAUAGACCAAAUUCUCGAUAGACCAGGUCCCCGUACAGAUCCUUCAUUCUUAGCAGGUGAUGAGGUCAAGGAUUUUCUACGUAACAGUUGCAAGAUUCUCGUUAUCGGGGCUGGUGGACUAGGUUGUGAGAUAUUGGCGAAUCUCGCUUUGUCAGGGUUCAAGGACAUCCAUGUCAUUGACAUGGAUACUAUAGACAUCAGCAAUCUUAAUCGACAGUUCUUGUUCAGACCAGCGGAUGUGGGGAAAGCUAAAGCGAUCGUGGCGGCCGAGUUUGUUAUGAACAGGGUACCGGGCGUCAAAGUUACACCAUAUUACGGGAAAAUCCAAGAUAAGGAUGAUGACUAUUACGUGCAAUUCAAUCUUGUGAUUUGUGGCCUUGAUUCCGUCGAAGCUCGUCGCUGGAUAAAUGCCACUCUUGUCAACUUGGUUGAUCCGGAGAAUCCGGAAAGUUUGAAGCCUUUGAUAGAUGGCGGUACGGAAGGCUUCAAGGGUCAGGCUCGUGUAAUUUUACCCACCGUAUCCUCUUGCUAUGAAUGCUCCCUGGAUAUGCUCAACAAACCCACUGCAUUCCCUAUAUGUACCAUCGCCAACACUCCUCGUCUGCCGGAACACUGCAUAGAGUGGGCGUCUGUAUUAGAAUGGCCCCGUGUUCAUGCAGAUAAGAAAUUAGAUACCGAUGACCCAGAGCAUAUAUCAUGGCUUUAUACUAUUGCUGCGGCACGCGCAAAAGAAUUCAAGAUUGAAGGUGUUACAUGGUCUCUUACGCAAGGAGUUGUCAAGAAUGUCAUUCCUGCUAUUGCGUCAACCAAUGCUAUUAUAGCAGCGUCAUGUUGUAACGAAGCUUUCAAAAUCGCAACUAGCUCAGCUGCUUACUUGAAUAAUUAUUUCAUGCUUAUCGGUACCGAGGGCGUGUACUCGUAUACCUUCGAACAUGAAAAGCGCGAUCAUUGCCCAGUAUGUGGAAAUGAAUCGCUCGAAAUAUCGAUCAACCGCGAGUGGACCGUUGAACGCCUGAUUGAAAUGCUCGUAGAGAAGCAAGAUAUCCAAAUUAAGAAACCAUCGUUAUCAACACCAGAUAAACCAAUCUACUUCCAAUCUCCUCCUCAACUGGAAGAAGCUACACGACCUAAUCUUGAGAAAAAGGUGGCAGACCUCGUUGCGGAUGGGGGAGAGAUAACUGUCACUGCGACGACCUUACCAUUUAAUUUGUCAUUGCGUAUCACUUACACAUAAAAACGAUAGGGCAACACCUAGUGCUACUAUUUCUUCAUAAAUAGCAUGAUUUUGUUGCUACACACAAGCGUCAAAUAAUCUACAUCAGGUCGGACAUGUGUACUACUCUGUUAUGUUACCUCGAAUACAAAUCCAUCAUGGGCCUCUAUGAAGCAAUGGCGGCCACGGUACUAGCGGUCGUCGUCGUGGCAUUGGGUUUGGUGUUCUUGCUCCUACCCCAUUUGAUGGUCACUCUUUCACCAUCUAUAUCUAGACCAUUCGCCCAAGCUUCCGCCGCACGCUCAGCUGAUGAACGGUCUUUAAAGUUGACGAAUGCACAUCUGGACUUGGCUACAUGAACCACGGAUUUAAGCUGCGUCGACGGAACUUGAGGUAAUGAAUGUAUCACGCGAGUGCGAAUUGAUAAUUCUGUAGCAUCGGCUGGAAGAGAGGAUAGGAAGAUAGAAACAAUUGACUGGUCUUCUGGUGGUUUCAGUCCUUGAGCAUCUGCGUGGCCGGCCAUAAUCUUGCGGGCCACUGGAUCAUUCCGGCCGUAGUAGCGAUCUUGCAUAUUUUGAUGGGAAAGUUCAUUCUCAACCGGCUUUUCAUGCCUAUAAGGACACUCGGUUCCACGGCUACACUCUCCUUUCGCGAAGAACGAGCAGACGUGUGGUCGAUUCCGCUUGUAGUAAGGAUUUGUUCGAGCAAGUUGUUUCAACAUCUCUUUCCCUGCAGAUUGGG